UGGGCUGUCACCCUGAACUGGUCACCAGUAUUAGACCGUUCUCCAUGCUCAAACCGCCCAUCGUACACUGUCAAAUAGCCAUGCUGGCUAUACCUGCCGAUGUACUGCUCCAAGUGCAUGAUGCUACAAAUGGGCAAGCACCCUUCUUGAUAGAGAACAUGUCCUUCAGUGACUGGGCAUCACUACUCGCUGUCAUGAAGACCAGACCCCAGGAGUUGUCUGACAAGAUCAAGGAGUUGGCCUCCAACAUUGUGGAAGUUUGCAAGCAGGCCGCAAUUGAGAAUAGAGAACUCAACCUCAUCGUCGCGAAGGCCCAGAAAGUCAUCGUUGACCUUCAUGGCUAUGACACGUCGCAUCUAGACACCGUUGGCCAGGUCUCCACCAACGAUACUGCUGACACCUUCACCGACAUCUACAUCAGCAGCAUCGACCUUACGCCUGCCGAGCUAGAGUACUUCAAACGAAAGGAAGCCAUAAGAAGAGAGGCUGCCCAUAUCGACAUCACCACUUCCACUAGGGACACCAGCCACAAGUUUGUGAAGAGCAGUCCCUUCCUCCCGUUGGCAUCGAGUACCUGGACGGAGAAAGCAGUGCAGCGUGUCCAUAACCGACUGUGGAAAUUGGACACGUUCAACUACACUGCACCAAUCAGUGUCGAUGCAUACAUGGCUCUUGCUGGCCUAACUGAUGCCGACAUUGACAACUGUCGUACCGCUGCCCAGAAUGGCACCAUAUACUUCCCUGCUGGAAGAACUGGACUUGAUGCGGAUUUUCCUCCGAUUUCAAGCCUUGAAAAUGGCAAAUGCUCCCAAAGGCUGCUGCUGCACCAGAAAGGGAUCCAAAAAUUCCCCACAGACCUGCUGAAGCUGAAGAAGGUCUGGAAUGUCGGUAGGCCAUUUCUCAAAUGCCCCUGCCCAGGCUGUGAAAUAAACUUCACAUGGCUGGAUCACAUGAUCUGGUACGUCAUCGGUAACCUUGAGAAGCUAGACCCGCUGGCGCCAUCAGACAAGAUCACGAUGUUGGAAUUCCAAGCGUUGUUGUGGACCUCCUGGAAGAAACCUAUCCUGGCUCAGAUUACAUUUAUCUUCAUGAGGGAGUACAUGCUCAAGAUUCUGCACCUUGUCACACAGAACAAAAACAUCACUCUCAAAGAAAUCCUCAGCUUUGACGACUUCAAAGACGUGCCUUUCGUACGAAAGUUCACCGCUGCUCUUCUUCCUAAUGCAGAAGGGUUACUCGCGCAGGCACCAAGCAGGAGAAACGACAGUAUCGACUUCGAAGACAAUUCGCUGCGCAGAUGUUGACAAAUGCGACUUGGGACACCCAGCAUCGGCCCCCGCACUGC